AUGGCGAAUCGAUUCGUUUUGGCUUUCGGAUUGCUGCUGGUUGUAGCAAUGGUCGCAUCAGCGCGCUUAGUAGUGCCACCGCGUCAGAUUGUGGGUGGUUUCCCGAUUGACAUUUCGGAGGCUCCGUUCCAAAUUUCUCUCCGAGAAGAUGAGCAUCCUACGUGCGGUGGUUCGAUCAUUUCUGCCAACUGGAUCCUAACCGCAGCCCACUGUUUGGAAGGGGUCGCUGCUUCACAGGUGUCCAUUAGAGCCGGAUCAACGUACAAGGAACAUAAUGGCAUUAUCCGCAAUGCUAAACGCGUUGUGCUCCAUCCGGAUUGGGAUGUAACCACGAACGAAGCCGAUGUGGCGUUGGUCGAACUGGCGGAUCCGCUACCACUAAAUGGUCAGACAAUCGCGUCGAUUGAGAUGCCUGAACAGGACGAAGAGGAUCCGGUGGAAGGGUCGAAGGCGAUGGUUUCCGGUUGGGGCAAGACGCUGAACGUGUAUCACUCGAACCUGAUCCUGCGUGCCACCUUCGUGCCGAUCGUCCAUCGUGAUAACUGCCAAAAAGCGUACCGUCGAAUCGAGCACAUCUCGGAGCGUAUGUUGUGUGCGGGCUUUAUCGGUGGUGGCCGUGACACGUGCCAGGGUGAUUCCGGUGGUCCGCUGGUGGUGGAUGAUCUCCUAGUCGGAGUGGUUUCCUUUGCUCACGGAUGUGCUAAACCAGGCUUCCCGGGUGUAAAUGCACGCGUAUCGGCCGUGCGCGAUUGGAUUCGAGAGGUCAGCGGUGUAUAA